CGGAAGCGGAAGCGGCGGCAGCGGCCCGGCGGGGCGGCCCGGCAGCAGCGCCCGCGGAGCGCCGGGGAGAGCCGGGAAACAUGCAACAUGGCAGCAGCCAUGGAAACUGAACAGCCGGCGCUGGAAAUUUUUGAGACCGCGGGUCGGGAGGAGCAGGUCCCAAGGGAGGAGCAGCCAAAACUGGAACCUUUCUAUGUGGAGAGGCAUUCCUGGAGCCAGCUCCGGAAACUGCUGACGGACACGCGGAAGUAUCAUGGAUACAUGAUGGCAAAAGCCCCUCACGACUUCACAUUCGUGAAGAAAAACGAUCCCGAAGGUCCCCAUUCCGACAGGAUCUACUAUCUGGCAAUGUCUGGGGAGAACAGGGAGAACACACUCUUCUACUCUGAAAUCCCCAAAACCAUAAACAAAGCUGCCGUCCUGUUGCUUUCCUGGAAGCCUCUUCUGGAUCUUUUUCCAGCCAUCCUGGACUAUGGGAUGUACUCCCGGGAAGAGGAGUUGCUGCGGGAGCGGAAGCGGAUCGGCACCGUCGGGAUUGCCUCCUAUGAUUAUCACCGGGAGAGUGGCACCUUCUUAUUCCAGGCAGGGAGUGGGAUUUAUCAUGUGAAGGAUGGAGGCCCUCAUGGAUUCACUCAACAGCCGUUAAGACCCAUCCUGGUAGAGACCAGUUGUCCAAAUAUCCGGAUGGAUCCCAAGCUUUGUCCAGCUGAUCCAAAUUGGAUUGCGUUUAUCCAUUGCAACGACAUCUGGAUAUCCAAUAUAGAAUCCAGGGAGGAGAGGAGGCUGACGUUUGUGCACAAUGAACUGGCCAAUGUUGAGGAGGAUCCAAAAUCUGCUGGCGUGGCCACUUUUGUGCUGCAGGAGGAGUUUGACAGAUACACUGGCUACUGGUGGUGCCCAAGAGCACAACCAACACUGGAUGGGGGUAAAGUCCUUCGAAUUCUUUAUGAAGAAAACGAUGAGUCAGAGGUGGAAAUUAUCCAUGUCACAUCCCCCAUGCUGGAGACAAGAAGAACAGAUUCCUUCCGGUACCCCAAAACUGGUACAGCAAAUCCAAAGGUCACUUUCAAGAUCUCUGAGGUGACGAUCAAUGCAGAAGGCAGAAUUGCAGAUGUUGUGGAUAAAGAGCUAGUUCAGCCCUUCGAGAUCCUCUUUGAAGGAGUAGAGUACAUUGCUAGAGCUGGGUGGACGCCAGAAGGAAAAUACAUCUGGUCCAUCCUGCUGGAUCGCUCCCAAACUCGGCUGCAGAUAGUCCUGAUCCCUCCUGCAUUAUUCAUCCCCACAGAAGAUGAUGCAAUGGAAAGGCAGAAACUCAUCGAUGCUGUCCCAGAUUCUGUUACACCUUUCAUUAUUUAUGAAGAGACAACAGACAUCUGGAUAAAUAUCCACGAUAUCUUCCAUGUUUUCCCACAAACCCAGGAAGAUGAGAUAGAGUUCAUCUUUGCCUCCGAGUGCAAAACAGGAUUCCGGCACCUGUACAAAGUCACCUCGGUGCUGAAGGAGAGCAAAUACAAACGGUCCUGUGGAGGCCUCCCUGCCCCCAGUGACUUCAAGUGCCUCAUCAAAGAGGAGAUAGCGAUUACCAGUGGGGAAUGGGAAGUGCUUGGCAGACAUGGAUCCAACAUCUAUGUGGAUGAAGCCAAAAAACUGGUGUACUUUCAAGGCACAAAAGACUCACCUCUGGAGCAUCACUUGUACGUUGUGAACUACGAGAAUCCCGGGGAAGUGAAGCGACUGACAGAACGUGGAUACUCCCACGCCUGCUGUGUCAGCCAGGACUGUGACAUGUUCAUCAGCAAGUACAGUAAUCAGAAGAACCCCCACUGUGUGUCACUGUACCGGCUCACAGGGUCAGAAGAUGAUGCAGCUCACAGGACAAAGGAAUUCUGGGCUACCAUUUUGGAUUCAGCAGGCCCUCUUCCCGAUUACAUUCCCCCUGAAGUGUUCUCCUUCGAGAGCUCCACGGGGUUCACGCUGUAUGGAAUGAUGUACAAACCUCACAACCUGCAGCCUGGGAAGAAGUACCCCACUGUGCUCUUCAUCUAUGGAGGCCCUCAGGUACAGCUGGUGAACAACCGGUUCAAAGGAAUCAAGUAUUUCCGACUGAACACUUUGGCCUCCUUAGGCUAUGUUGUGGUUGUCAUUGACAACAGGGGCUCCUGCCACCGAGGGCUCAAGUUUGAAGGAGCCUUUAAAUACAAAAUGGGGCAGAUAGAGAUCGAUGACCAGGUGGAAGGGCUGCAGUACUUGGCAUCGCAGUACGACUUCAUCGACCUGGACCGUGUCGGCAUCCACGGCUGGUCCUACGGAGGAUACCUCUCCCUCAUGGCUUUAACACAGAGGUCAGAUAUCUUCAGGGUGGCUGUAGCCGGAGCCCCCGUCACGCUGUGGAUUUUCUACGACACGGGAUACACGGAGCGUUACAUGGGCCACCCGGAGCACAACGAGCAGGGCUAUUACCUGGGAUCCGUGGCCAUGCAGGCUGAGAAAUUCCCUUCUGAACCAAACCGCUUGCUGCUGCUGCACGGGUUCCUGGAUGAGAACGUUCACUUCGCACACACCAGUAUUCUGCUCAGCUUUUUGGUGAGAGCUGGGAAACCCUAUGACUUACAGAUCUACCCUCAGGAGAGACACAGCAUCAGAGUGCCUGAGUCAGGAGAGCACUAUGAACUGCACCUGCUGUAUUACCUGCAAGAGAACCUGGGCUCUCACAUCGCUGCCCUGAAGGCCCUGUGACCAACCCCUCCACUCCGCUCCACGGGCUGCGCUCCGGACAAGGAGGUGCAGGGAAGGAGAGCAAACAGGAUGGAACGUUGCAUUCUGGUGCCUGCCACACGUACACACAUGUACACACACUCACAGACACUUUUUUUAAAGAAGUAAAUUUGGUGCCAUACAGGAAAUUAAAGUACGGUGAUUUAAUAA